UGCUCAUAAGUUUAGAUUAAAAAAUUUAAAAUACAGUAAAUCGGCAGUAAAACUUUCCUUAACUAAAAGUACAAUAACCCAAUUAAAGCUGCUAAAAAUUCAUUUUACCAGAAAAAAAAAUUUAAAUACUCCCACAGGUUUAUAUAGUAGCAAAAAAUUUAUUCAAACACUCAAAAAAAAAAAAACAGUACGUGAAAAAAAACUAAAUAGAUAAAUCGUUAAUAAAAAAAAAAUGGAUUACGUGGUUGACUUUACUGGUUAUUACGUACCAGAAAAAAAAUUUAUUAUAAAAGAAUUUUGUUUGAUUCCCAUAGUGAAAAAAAAAGUUACCCAACACAAAGCUGCCGUCGUAAAUCCGCCGUACGCGUGGCGUAAAUUACCGAGCAGGUAUCAAAACGAGUACCUCAAUCGUUUUUACAAAAAGUACGGAAUCGAAUACUCCCAAGGUAAUUGUUCAGUAAACGAUGCUUUCAAUACUAUAAUCAAUGAUUUAAAAAAAUCACGGACUAUUUAUCUGAAAAAUGCAUCUAGAAAACGAUUUUUAUUAGAAUUUACUCAAAUGCCCUUCAGUAAUAUCGUAUGUUUAGACUCAGCUGGUUACGAUUUGUACCCAAAGAUGUCGCCUGGACUCUGUUCUAAUCAUGCGUCACGUAAAAACUAUUGCGUCAUCCAAAACGCGUUCACUAUGGCCGAAUGGCUUUUAGAAAAAUUACUCGCUCAUAAAUCGGGACAAGAAUUAAAAUCUAUGAAACCUGAUGUUGAUUAUCGUGAUCCCGAAGCUAUGGAAGAAUUAGCCAACGCUGGGGGUUCAAAUGAUCCCCGAUCUGGGUCGAUUGAUUUUCAAUAUUCAGAAGGGCACAGAAAACUGGUGAAGCAGCUUGAAGAUCUACGCAAGGAUUCUGAUUAUGCAAGUUCGAUUGAUGCUGAUAGUGAUCUUAGUUUUGAUACAAAUACCGAUUUUGAUGAUGACGUUGAUGAUACCGGCGCUGAUGAUCAAUUAGAAAUGGCCAAUGAUCUAGGUUCUGGACUAGACAGAAUAAUUGGUCUGAGAAACCGCAAUAAUUCACGAAAUUCUGAUAAUUUGAGUUGGAAUUCAGAUCUUGAUACUUUUGAAUCUGAUAGAACGCGGGUUUCUGAUUACAGUCAACCAAUUGAUCAUCAUGAUCUUGAUGAUGCCUUGAGUGAUAUUUCUGAUUCAUGCGAAUUGGCUGAAUUUGAGGUGGAACCUGAAAUUAGUAUUUUUGACGACGAUGAUAUGGAACCAGAAGCAAUAAAAAUAAAACGGCAAAAUAGAGAAUCAAUGAGAGUCGAUAAUCGAGACUUUGAUGAUGAUUCUGACGAUGGAAAUUUAAGAUCUGCAAAAAUGAGGAAUUUGUACUCAGAACCGGAAGUUAGCGAUUAUGACUUUGAAUCAGAUGAGAGAAAUUCUGAUGAUUAUUUUGAUGACAUGUCUGAAGCGACGGUGGAAGAUUAUCAACCGGCGAGUAAACGAUUGAGAGCACAGUAAUAAUUAAGAUACAUGAUUUGAAUAAUUGAUUAAUAGAUUCCGUAAGAAUUUUUAGAGAAAUUGACAUUAAAAAUUUUUUUUA